UGACGUUCGAAGGAUGAAAUGUGAGUGCCAAUGUCUGAGUUUGAUUACAUUUGCCCUGGUGCAAAGAAUCACUGUUCUCUAAUAGAAAGAGAAAAUCUUUAGCUUACUUCCACCCUUUUUUGUAUUUUAAAAGCCAUGUUGAGAGGUGCUUCCAAACUUCGAGCAACAUGCAUAUCGUCUGCGCCUAAAAGAAGCGUAGGCUUGACUGCUUCAAAGAGAUUGUAUACUUCAACCACAACUGAAGAAAUUACCAAUACAGCAACCACAACAAAGGGCUCAUCCGUUGGAAAGAAGCUGUUAUGGCUCACUGCACUUUCAGCCACUGCCUACUCUGGCGCAACCUAUUAUGCCUUAAAGAACGAAGCAUUUCACGAUACUUACACGACCUAUGUUCCCGGUGGAGAAAAACUUUUAGACGCGCUCGAGGACUGGGCAGCCGAUGAGAGAGUGAAGCAUUACUAUCGACAAGCCAAAGACAUGAAGGAUAUGGCCUCCGUCCAUGCAGAAACAGUCAAACGAUUUGCGUCAGAUACAAAGGAAUCAGCCCAAGAUUGGUAUGAAUAUGUCUCGGACGCUAUUGCUCAACUCAAGGGAGAAAAGGCACCACCUACCGUUCCUGGCACUGGCCCUUCUCCUUCAGCCAGACGUAGAAAGUUUAAAAAGGAAGCCCUCUUUGCUAAUGUUAUUCACACCACGGAGGAUCAGCCUAUUCCUCAAUUCACUCCAUCUGAACAAGAUGUCUUGAACGAUUUGGGCAAGACAGUUCAAGAUCUGGUACAGGUGUUGAAUAAUGCUGGUAUGCAAGGAUAUGCCAAGAGAUUAGUUGACCUUGCCUCGAGAGAUAUCGAAUCAUUAGAUAAAGCUUUCAAAUUAAUCAAGGAAGAAGACGACAAGGCUCGUGCAGAGAUUGAAGUGCUCGAAAAGGAACUUGCCACUGUAUCUCAACAUGUUGAAUCUCAUCGUCAAGAAGUGUCAGAGAAGGUCAAGACUCUACAAGAAAAGGAUGAAGCACGUGUUGACAAGUAUAUAAAGACUGUUGAAGCAGAGAUCGCCAAUGAAACCGCCAAGGUCGAUCAGGAACACAGAGAUAUCUUAGCUAAGGAAUUGGCUGCUCAACGUCAACAAAAACUAGUUGAACUUGAAGAGGAAUUGAAGAACAAGGCGAUUGAGAUCCAGGCCAACUAUGUAGAGCAAGUUAAACAGCAGGUUGAAACAGAACGUGGUGGUCGUUUAUCUCAAAUUGAAACUGUUGCUGCCAAACAAACUGAAUUGGAAUCACUUGCUCAAGCAGAUGCCGAACUAUUAGACGACAGUCGUAAAGCACACCAACUUCUUGUCGCUAUUGAUGCCUUAAAGAAGGCUGCUUUGGCCGGUCAACGUACACAAUUCGAAGUAGAACUUGACGCCAUCAAGAAAUUGAGUACAAAGACACCCUUUGCGAAGUUGGGUGAACGUCAGAGUGAUGAAUUACUUCAACUUGUAGCUUCCAGCAUUCAGCAGCAUGUUGCACAAUAUGGUAUUACUUCAUUGGCAGAGCUGUCUGCACGAUUUGAAACUGUCGCACGCGAAGUUCGCCGUGCAGCACUGAUACCUGAUGAAGAUGCUUCCAUGAUAUCACAUCUCUUGUCUAUUAUCUUGAGCAGCCUCAUGUUCAGAAAGAAGGGCCUUGUUCCUGGUGACGAUGUUGAAGCGAGAUUGGCCCGUGCAGAAUAUUAUCUUAAUACUGAAAAGGACUUGGAAAGUGCCGCUAGAGAAAUUAAUCAGCUGACUGGCUGGCCUAAGCGAUUGGCUCUUGACUGGCUUGAUGCUGCUCGUCGCCAUUUGGAAGUAAAACAAGCGUUAGAGAUUAUGAAAUCACAAGCAUCUUUAAUCAGCAUGUUACAAGCAAAUUAGACUUGGUUUUUUUAAUAAAAAGAAAAAAGAACAAUACAAACAAAGGGAAAUCAUCACAUCUUUACCCAUUUGUUUUGAUUGUCAGUAGCUAUGAUUUUUAUUUAUUGGAUUAGUGGGGAAUAUCAUUCAAGUUUUAUUUUGAAAACACAGUUUUAUGAGAGAAUUUUUGAUGAGCUCCCAGUGACACCAGAUAUUUCAACCUCGCAAUGACAGCGAAGAAUGGCUCGUGGUUGUAAAGCAUGCAGAGGAGCCUGUUAUCUUAAAAGCACAGGGCAUACAAUCACCCUGUUUUACUUUCCAAUAGAGAACUGUAGCUUUGCAUGCGAAGCAGGGAGAGUAUAUAUACGUCGUUUACAAGGAAAUGUUAUUGAUCAACUAGGAGCCGCAAGGGUUUCCACGAGAUCAUUAGGCUCCCGAAAUUAUGAUCGGUUUUAUAGAGGG